AAGGUUUGGCUCUGAUCUUGGCAAAAUUGGAACACAAGUGUAAGCACAAGGCGUCUGCAAGGCUUCGGUGCCGCCUGUGAGAAGGAUGCUUUCCAACUCAAUGCUAAACACCCAAAGGGUAGAGGAGCUGAUCUAUGGAGGCUUCAUAUGUGGAGGAAGCCUUCUUGCAGUGCACUUGGUUUUAGGAAAAGCUGCUAAGAGAGCAGGCGGCCGGAUUGAGAAGAUGUUUGUUGAAUUUCAAAGGAAAGCCUUCCACAUGAUUGGUGGUUGCAUAAUAUGCAGCUGCUAUCAUUGGGGCAUCAAGCACAAAUAUAUUAGACCAGCUUUCUCACCAGAAGCAGACAGCACUACAAUGGACGGGGGCGCUGCCUUUUUGGCCGUAUCCUUCGUGUGUUGGAUUGUUGAGGCCUCGCGCUUGACUAUCCCUGCAGUGCAGAGCUGGUACUUGAAAACCUUCAAAGGUCUCAUUCGACAGAAAGAGCACAGCAAGGCAGCUGGCAUUGCCUACUUUUUGCCAGGAGCUUUGGCUGCCAUGAUGGCAGCACCCAGCAAUUUUGCGAUCCUGGGGAUCCUCUUCCUGUCCGUGGGUGAUGCAGCGGCUUCUAUCGGCACAGCUGGUGGCUACAUUCCAGUUGGAACCUCAUCGAGAAAGGUAGAAGGCAGCAUUGGUUGCUUCUUGGUGUGCACGGCCCUGGCGAUAUAUGCUGGGCUCUCCACCGAAGUCUCACUCAUAGCCUCUGGUUUCGUGACGUUUGGAGAGGUCCUAGCCGAAAUCAUUGGGCUGGAUGACAACUUUGUGAUUCCCAUUCUUGGGGUUCUUGGAGCUCGGAUUGGACUCUUUCCUCAGCUGGGCAAGAUGGCACUUGUUAUGUGCGGUGGCCUGGGGAUUGGCGUGGGACUAGCAGCGCUUGUUGGUUCUACUACUUCGAAAGAGAAGUAGACCCUGCCACCAUGUCAGCACACAUUGAUGGCUUUUUCACAGAUGUGAAUGGUUUCAGGGAAGGAGCUUUGGCAAUCCUGAAGGAACAUGGCAGACUUCCGUGUUUCAGUUCCAAAUCAGAGGACACUUCAGGCGUCUCAGCCUACAGGCGGCCAACGGCGGCCAACUGGGCUUCGAUGGCAGCUGGACAUGAAGUUGCUUUCGUGGCCGCAGGAUCAAUUCAAUUGCGCAGGUGCAGGACGCAUCGAAUAAUUCGGGUAGAGAGCCUUUGUGGCUUCAGCACUUCCUGUUAUAAUGAAUAUGACAAGGGAACAUUUCAAGAUUGAUUCGGGAAAGGGAAGCUCACGAUUGAAGAAGACAUAGCUUUGCUUCACCUGGGAAGCCGUAAAGGCAAGAUCCAUGAUGCACAAUCCCUGCGGAACUGUGCCCCUCUAGCGAGAUCAAGGUGCA